AUGUCCACACUCUCUACAUCGAGCAGGGUCUUGCAGGCCAUCUGCUUGGGACUUUUGAGCGGUUUGGUUAAUGCGCAGUCGGACCCGACUCCAAGAUCUGGGAGCACCUAUGGCGGCAAUUGGCUCGAGACCAUACGUGAUAGCGAUAUAGUAGCCUCUGCAUUUCCUGACAUCGAGGACAUUGACCUUCUCUCCCCUUAUUUCACAAAGCCCGACUCAGUACUCCCGGGCUUUCAGAAUGGCACACAAGGUCCCACGAGUGAUAGCGAGCUUGACUACUUCUAUCGCACCAUAGCUGAUCGAAAUGACUGGGUUACGUACAAAGCGGCGGAGUUCCUCACAGAGGAAGGUCGUGCCUUGCCAUAUCUAUUCCUUUCGGAGCCGUCCUCCGGUUCACAGGCGGCGGUGAUGAAUAGCACGAAAUUGAAAGUCUACAUUCAGGCCGCAAUCCAUGGCAACGAGCCAGCAGCGGAUCAAUCUGCCAUGGCACUUCUCGGGAAGAUGGACGCCAAUCAGACGUGGACAGCUUCACUACUCGAGAAGAUGGACAYUCUCCUCUUUYCGAGAUACAAUGCUGACGGCGUGCACUACUUCCAACGUGCCCUCGCAAACAAUCUUGAUGGCAAUCGGGAGGCUAUUAAGCUCGAUCGGAGACAAUCUCGAGAUAUCAGACGAAGGUUUGGAGAGUACGGGCCUCACAUUGCGGUGGACCUUCAUGAGUUCACGGCUCCGACCGUCUACGGAGGUGACUACCAGCACGCCGCAGAUGCUCUCAUCUCAGGCGGAAUCAACCCAAACAUCCACCAAGACAUCCGAGACGAGCUGCUCGAAAGGUUCAUACCAGCCAUCGGCGAACGACUGGAAUCUUACGGCCUUCGAUGGGCACCCUACGUGACCGGCGCAUCGAACACAACCUCGGGAUCACCCAUCAAAUUCACCGAAGCCGUAACGGAAGCUAGGACUGGACGUAACGCAAUGGGACUCUCUYAAGCCAUUGCAUUUCUGUUUGAAAUGAGAGGUAUCCGGCUCGCGGACCAACACUUCCAACGUCGCGUAGCCACAGCUCUGAUCAAACUCGAAACCAUCCUUGAGACGGCAAGAGACAAUGCCGAAGAAGUCUACGAUACCGUUGAAAAAGCAAGAGCGGAGUUCAUUGCCAGCAAUGAUGAGAUUGUCAUUACGGAUUCCUUCACUCCUGCGAACACUACUUUCCCACUAGUGAACAGAGCAACGGGAGAAGUUGAACAAGUCCCGAUUACUUUGAUGGAGACUACACCCUCUGUUGCGAACCUCACAAGAGCACGUCCAGAAGCCUACCUCAUCCCACGCACUUGGUCGGAUAUCGUGAAGAAACUUGAGAUUCUGGGUCUAGAGGUUCAGACGCUGGAGUAUGAAUUCCAGGGAAUGGUGGAGACUUUGAACAUUGCCUCUAGUUCUUUGGAUGAGGAAUUAUAUGAGGGUCAUGUGUUGAACACUGUGACCACGAAUUCUGUCAUGAAGGAGGUACAUCUUCCCGCUGGCAGUUUCCUGGUCAGCACAAGGCAGAAGAAUGCUGCGCUGGCUUUUAUUGCUUUGGAGCCGGAGAAUAUCGACUCGUAUGUUACGUUCAACUUCAUCCCGCUGGAGACUGGCGAUGAGUACCCGAUUUUCCGUGUKAUGGCGGAGUAG